AUCCUCCACUGAGCUGCGUCAUCAAUACGUCACCACUCCCAUUCACCGACGGUCAGGUACCACAGAAGCCGCCAUGUUCGCAUCUCUGGCAGGGUAGCGGUCUCUGGGCGAGCCGAUGAUGCGGUCAGAAGCACAAACACUUCUCCCGCAUUGAUCCCGCAUCCCGUCCCGCAGCCCACGCAGCCCACGGCAUCCGAACACCAAAGCAGAACAAGACUUCCACGGAGAAGGGAAUCCACGCAGCGUGGAGAGGGGCUCUAUGCUGAGUAGGAUGCCUUAGACUGAGAGGUAGAUCCCGGCACAAGAUGGAGGUAACCAGCGCUAGCAGCGAGGUCAAUGGACAUCAGAUGAUGGACGAGCCCAUGGAGGAGGGAGAGUCUUUCUCACACUGUGAAGACGGGACGUAUAAAGAGAUUCCCAUCACCCACCAUGUGAAGGAGGGCUGUGAGAAAGCCGAGCCGUCUCAGUUUGAACUGCUGAAGGUCCUUGGUCAGGGCUCUUUUGGCAAGGUGUUUCUGGUCAGGAAGAUCAUGGGUCCAGAUGCUGGGCAGUUAUAUGCAAUGAAAGUACUAAAAAAAGCCUCUUUGAAAGUCAGGGACAGAGUUCGCACUAAGAUGGAAAGAGACAUUUUAGUGGAAGUUAAUCAUCCCUUCAUAGUGAAGUUGCACUAUGCCUUUCAGACAGAAGGGAAAUUGUAUUUAAUCCUGGACUUUCUCAGGGGAGGGGAUGUAUUCACUCGCUUAUCCAAAGAGGUUAUGUUUACAGAGGAAGAUGUGAAAUUCUACCUUGCAGAGCUGGCUCUGGCCCUCGACCAUCUGCACAACCUGGGCAUAGUUUACAGAGAUCUGAAGCCAGAGAACAUCUUACUUGAUGAAGCUGGACAUAUAAAGUUGACAGACUUUGGUUUGAGCAAAGAGUCAGUAGAUGCUGAUAAGAAGGCUUAUUCCUUCUGUGGUACGGUGGAGUAUAUGGCCCCUGAGGUGGUCAACAGGAGAGGACACACGCAGAGCGCAGACUGGUGGUCUCUGGGAGUACUGAUGUUUGAGAUGCUAACGGGGACGUUACCUUUCCAAGGGAAAGACCGGAAUGAGACCAUGAACAUGAUUCUGAAAGCUAAGUUGGGAAUGCCACAGUUCCUAAGUUUGGAAGCCCAAAGUUUGCUGCGAAUGCUGUUUAAACGUAACCCUGCUAAUCGACUUGGGGCCGGACCCGACGGCGUGGAGGAGAUCAAACGACACGCUUUCUUUUCCACCAUCGACUGGAAUAAACUGUUCAGGAGAGAACUUCAGCCCCCCUUCAAGCCUGCAGCUGGUAAACCCGAUGAUACCUUCUGCUUUGACCCCGAGUUCACUGCAAAGACGCCUAAAGAUUCUCCAGGUAUCCCUCCCAGUGCAAACGCCCACCAGCUCUUCAAAGGCUUCAGCUUUGUUGCUCCAGCUCCGAUGGAUGAGAACAAGAGCUCCCCGCUGCUCAGCAUUCUGCCCAUCGUUCAGGUUCAUGGAGGCUCAUCCAAGUUCUCGGAUCUGUACGAGCUGCAGGAAGACAUCGGCGUUGGUUCCUACUCCAUCUGUAAGCGAUGUGUCCACAGAGUGUCUGGAGCAGAUUAUGCUGUGAAGAUUAUUGAUAAAAGUAAGAGGGAUCCGUCUGAAGAGAUCGAGAUCCUGAUGCGAUACGGACAACACCCCAACAUCAUCACCUUGAAAGAUGUGUACGAUGAGGGCAGGUAUGUUUACCUGGUGACGGAGCUGAUGAAGGGAGGGGAGCUGCUGGAUCGAAUCCUCAGGCAGAAGUUUUUCUCAGAAAGAGAGGCCAGCGCCGUGCUCUACACCAUCACCAAGACUGUCGACUACCUCCAUUGCCAAGGGGUGGUGCAUCGAGACCUGAAGCCCAGCAACAUCCUCUACAUGGACGACUCUGGGAAUCCCGACUCUAUUCGCAUCUGUGACUUUGGGUUUGCCAAGCAGCUGCGGGGGGGGAACGGGCUGCUGUUAACCCCUUGUUACACGGCCAACUUUGUGGCUCCAGAGGUACUAAUGCGACAAGGCUAUGAUGCAGCCUGUGACAUUUGGAGUCUUGGAGUGCUGCUGUACACCAUGUUGGCAGGGUACACGCCGUUCGCUAACGGACCCAAAGACACACCGGAGGAGAUUCUUCUGCGGAUCGGAUCGGGGAAGUUUUCUCUGACGGGAGGAAACUGGGAUACGGUUUCAGAUUCCUCAAAGGACCUGCUGUCCCACAUGCUGCAUGUUGACCCUCACCAGCGCUACACGGCAGAGCAGGUUCUCAAGCAUUCCUGGAUAACGUGCAGAGAUACUCUCCCACACUUCCAGCUGACGCGCCAUGACGCCCCUCAUCUGGUCAAAGGAGCCAUGGCUGCAACGUAUUCCGCGCUCAGUCAGAAGACCAGUCAGCCGGUGCUGGAACCAGUGGCAGCUUCCAGUUUAGCCCAGAGACGCAGCAUGAAGAAGCUGACCUCUACAGACAUGUAGACUCACGCCGCUCAUCCUCUGAGCCUUGGCCAGUCCCCAUCCUACGUGUUUCACUUUGACCCAUGCAGCAUCAUGCUCACAGGACAGGCAGGAAAAGCUGCAUUAAGGUCGGCCAAAGAGGUUUAUCUGUUACUGCUGGGGAGACAGACCUGUAUUUAUUUCCACAGCUCCAUAUGCACUCACCCUCCUCGCCUUUCAUUCUCUCUUCCUCUCGGGGGGAAGAGAAACACCAGCUGACGUUCUCCUUCACUGUGAUUGGCUGAUUCAAAGCUGCUUCUUCAAACUGUGCCCCCACCCCCUCCCCAACUGCUCUUCAUCGUCACUUUGCCAUUCUCCCCCCCCUUUCCUCUCCAUGUUUGCCUUUCUGGUCUGGAACUUGUUCUCUUCACCCAUGGAGGGUGGUGGAAAGAUGAUCUUGACUGAGGUUCAUAUUGAGACUCGUUUCCUUCUUAAGACGUAACUCCAGGAUAAGAGUUAAAAAAAAAUCUGCAUGUGGCAGAUUAAAACAGUCCCUCAGGAUCAAAAUCAUUUACCAGCACUUUAGGGAACAUAGAUGCAUGUUUGAACAGAGCCUGCACUUCAUCUCCCUUUAAGACUCCAUUUGGUCCCAUGUCUGCGAUCGACCGCCGUAUCAAUAAAGGUUACAGAAGCUGCUGAUGGAAUUAGAAGGUAAUGAUUAUAGCAGAAUGAUUCAUCUAAAUAUAUAUGUCACUAUAUAUAUUUAUAUCUCUGAAUGAAUGUGUAUGAUGAUGAUGAUGAUGGAGAUGAAGAGCAUGUGGUGGAGGGAUUUCUCUGGGGGGGGCGGGACGCACCCCGUCGAACCAGAGGUCGAAUUAAAGAAAAUAUUUCCAUUGAUCUCUCUUCAAAAAGACAUUGUGGAAAUUGUAUGAUAUUGUAUUUAUUUCAUUUGAUUUUUAAAAUUCUAUUUUUUUCUUUCAAGUUCUGUAUAUAUUGACAUUAAAGAUCAUAUGA